AUGGCCUCCAAGGCAGGACCUUCGGUGAAGCCAUUCAUCGAGACACGGUGGGCUGAUGGCCUUCGAGGAAUCGCAUCUCUCUUCGUCGUUGCCAGCCAUAUCACUCUAUGUUUUGCUCGAAGCGUUAUCCCACCAUCCAUAUCUACCGACGGCCCAAGCAGGCUAUUCCAGAAUCCCUUUCUCCGCCUCAUCGGUCAAGGCAAUGCAGCCGUCUCCGUCUUCCUCGUCCUCCUCGGCUUCGUCAACUCCCUCAAAGCAAUCCAGUUAAUACGGUCUGGCUGCGUGCAGGAAGCAGUCUCGACACUCUCGAUCGGAGCGUUUCGAAGAACCGGCCGUCUCAUGCUCCCCGCUACCGCGGCAACGUUCAUAUCAUUCAUCUGCUGUGAAAUCGGUCUCUAUGGCCUAGCGCGGAGGUCCGAUGCAUAUUGGAUAAUGACCACGGCUGCUACGCCGAGUACAUCUGUGUUUCAAGCGAUCAAGAGUGUCAGCUGGGAGAUGGUUGCGGUGUGGAUUGUGGGAGAGAAUAAAUAUGACCAACCGCAGUGGGCGCUAGCGCAUCUAUUCAAGGGCUCGUUUUUCAUCUACAUGGUUCUUCUCGCAACGGCGAAUGCGACUCCGGCCUUCAGACUUACUGCCUUGACUAUUCUUUACGCCUGGGGUUGGAUAGCAGGUGAUACUAUUGUCCGACCAAAUAUAUUCGCAGGCAUGAUCCUAGCCGAACUAUCAUACCUUCCACCGCCCAAAAAAUCCAGAAUAGCCUCCAUCCUCCCCUUCUUCGCGGUCACCCUCGGCCUCUAUCUCUGUUCGUUCCCUAACCAAUUUGCCGACCAAGCCCGCUGGUCACGCCAACUAGAGCAGCUAGGACACCGCAUCUUCCCCAAGAAUGCAGCCAUGGGCCGCGCCUGGCCCAACCUCGGCGCCCAACUCCUCUGUUUCGGCGUGAUGUACUCGCCUCAAAUGCGCCAGGUCCUCUCACACAAAUGGUUACACUGGAUUGGCGGCCUGAGUUUCGCCAUCUACCUCCUACACGGAAUGCUGAUGCGUACUGUCCUUGCCUGGAUUGUUUUUGGCCCUAACGCUCUACUUGGAGUCACGGUGCCCGGUAAGCUCGCCAAUGGAGCCGACGGCCAGGUAGUCCCUCAGCCAGGCGAUGCAGUUAUUGCAUUCCUAUUACCGAUCUUCUUCGCCAUUCUGCUAUUUGUUUGCAGUCUAUGGAACAGGUUCGUUGAGCCGUAUUUCGGUUAUGCGACGAGCUGGCUUGAGUCGUUUGCUAGGUCAUUUGGAAAGAACCAGUGGCCGUUUAACUCGUUGAAUUCAACACAGGGUGGAGAGAAGGGGAUUUUGCCCACGACUAUACGCAAGGAUUGA